UUUCUUCUUUAAUGUGCAGGUGCCUUGACCCAAGCCAUUCGCAAUUUUGCAAAAAGCCUUGAAGGUUGGCUUUCAAAUGCCAUGAACAAUAUUCCACAGAGGAUGAUACAAACCAAGGUUGCCGCUGUAAGUGCCUUUGCCCAGACUCUGCGAAGAUACACAUCUCUAAACCACCUGGCUCAAGCAGCUCGUGCUGUUCUUCAAAACACUUCUCAAAUCAACCAGAUGCUCAAUGAUCUUAACCGUGUUGAUUUUGCCAAUGUUCAGGAGCAGGCUUCCUGGGUGUGCCAGUGUGAUGACAACAUGGUUCAGAGGCUAGAAACAGAUUUCAAAAUGACUCUUCAACAGCAAAGCACUCUGGAGCAGUGGGCUGCCUGGCUUGAUAAUGUUAUGAUGCAAGCAUUGAAACCAUAUGAAGGAAGACCCAGCUUUCCUAAAGCAGCACGGCAAUUUCUGUUAAAAUGGUCUUUUUACAGCUCAAUGGUGAUUCGAGAUCUAACCUUGCGCAGUGCUGCUAGCUUUGGCUCUUUUCAUCUGAUCCGCUUGCUUUAUGAUGAAUACAUGUUUUACUUAGUAGAACAUCGUGUUGCUCAGGCCACAGGAGAGACACCUAUUGCAGUUAUGGGAGAGGUAAGAUAGUAUGUAAGAGACUAGAUUUGAUACAUUUAUGAUGAAUUUGAGUACAUACCUUUGCAAAUUUCAUAAACUUUCAUGUGAAUCUGUAGGAUGUUCUACAGUAUAAGAAUAGAUUGGGUUAUGAAUACAUUUAACAGUUUCACAUUUGUUUCAUUGACUGUCAGAGUUCCAAAAUCACACUGAAUUCUAACAACCAGUUAUUUGCAAACAAAUUUGCUCCUUUUCAGAUCUGUGCACAGAUUAAUGUACCUAA